GCCGGGUCCGCGCUGCCGGCCGCGCUCCUGGCGCUCGGGGCUGCGGCCGCUCGGAGCAAUGAUUAACCCCGCGGGCCGGGCGGCGCGGGGCCCGGGGCGGAGGCGCGGGCGCGGGGCGGGACCCCGGGGGGCCGCUCCGCUUCCUGCUCUCGCCCAAGUUUCCUCGUAGAGGGCGCAGUGCCGGCCGGGCCCGCGGCGCGGCGUGGCGCAGGGCGCGGCGCGGGGCGCGCGUGGGCGCGGCGCGGGCCGCCCGGGUCACGAUGAGGACUCUCCGCAGGUUGAAGUUCAUGAGUUCGCCCAGCCUCAGUGACCUGGGCAAGAGAGAGCCGGCCGCCGCCGGCGCGGACGAGCGGGGCACGCAGCAGCGCCGGGCCUGCGCCAACGCCACCUGGAACAGCAUCCACAACGGGGUCAUCGCUGUCUUCCAGCGCAAGGGGCUGCCUGACCAGGAGCUCUUCAGCCUCAACGAAGGCGUCCGGCAGCUGCUGAAGACAGAGCUGGGAUCUUUCUUCACGGAGUACCUGCAGAACCAGCUGCUGACGAAAGGCAUGGUGAUUCUGCGGGACAAGAUCCGCUUCUAUGAGGGACAGAAACUGCUGGACUCGCUGGCAGAGACCUGGGAUUUUUUCUUCAGUGACGUGCUGCCCACGCUGCAGGCCAUCUUCUACCCAGUGCAGGGCAAGGAGCCGUCGGUGCGCCAGCUGGCCCUGCUGCACUUCCGGAACACCAUCACCCUGAGCGUGAAGCUGGAGGACGCGCUGGCCCGCACCCAUGCCCGCGUGCCCCCCGCCAUCGUCCAGAUGCUGCUGGUGCUGCAGGGGGUGCACGAGUCCCGGGGCGUGACCAAGGACUACUUGCGGCUGGAGACGCUGAUCCAGAAGGUGGUGUCACCCUACCUGGGCACCUACGGCCUCUAUUCCAGCGAGGGCCCCUUCACACAUUCCUGCAUCCUGGAGAAGCACUUCCUGCGCCGCUCCCGCUCAGGGGACGUUCUGGCCAAGAACCCCGUGGUGCGCUCCAAGAGCUACAACACCCCGCUGCUGAACCCCGUGGUGGAGCACGAGGCCGAGGGUGCAGCAGCCGGUGGCCCUGGCAUCCGCAGGCACUCGGUCUCGGAGAUGACGUCCUGCCCCGAGCCCCAGGGCUUCUCCGACUCGCCUGGCCAGGGCCCCGCCGGGGCCUUCAGACCAUCUCCGGUGCCCCAGUCCGGGCCGUGCCCCAGCAGACUGUACCCCCCCAGCCAGCCCCCCGAGCCUGGACCAGGCAUGGCCCAUGGCUCCCCGCCCUCCUCCAGUCCAGAGAACCUGGUGGACCAGAUCCUGGAAUCCGUGGACUCCGAUUCAGAAGGGAUCUUCAUUGACUUUGGCCGGGCCCGUGGCUCUGGCGCAUCGGAGUUCAAAGGGGCUGGGGGUCGGCAGAGCAUUGUGUGAGGGCCCCGAGUUUUUACUGCCCCCGUGUGUGUGCCUGUGGGGUGCAUGUGUGCAAGAGGUUUUUUUACUCUUUCCUGUGGGCGCCAGCCACUUUGCCAUUUCCUGAGUUUCUGUUGGAAAAACCACCACCACCCCAGCCCCCAGCCCCGCUCCGUGCUGGGGCCUCUUGGCUGCUCCACCUGCCUCACAGGUCACCAGGUCCGCUGGGCAGCCGUGUGUGCAUGGAACAGACAUUGCCACCACCCCCAGCCUGCCCCGGCCCGCCAGUGUCCACCCCCGUGGACACCAAACCCUGUGGCUCAGCCAGGCCUCCAGAAUGAUCCCCAGAGCAAUGGGGGUCGGUCACAGACCUGCCUAACCCCCUUCCCGUUGGCCUCAGGCCACAACGGGACCUAUGUGUGCCUGUCCCAGACCCUCAAGCCCCGUCCUUGCUCUGCCCGGGGCGGCUGGCCGUGGGCAGGAAGAGGAUGGAAUAAAACCUGUCUGCCCCGA